AUGAGCAGUACUGAAGGUAUUCCAAUACGCCGACUUAUUGUACAUGAUCCAAAAGAUAUGCCCCUUCAUUAUGGUGAAACACCAGGUGGCAGUAUUUUUUCAACAACUCCAGGAGGCACUCGUAUUUAUUAUGACCGAGCGUUUUUACUGUCUCGUCGUGAUUCACCUAUGGCACGUUCACCACCUCGUUUACCUUAUAUUCCGGAAGUUACAUUGAUUCCCGACCCGGAAAAGCGUGGUAAUGUUGUUGAAAAUGGUGUUAAAACAGACAAAAAAGAAAGAUCAGAAUUAUCGGGUGAUAAGUCGAAUUCGUCAACAACUGCACAGCCACAAUCAACACCGGCUAAAAAAGAAGGUGAUGAUCAAUUUUCAAUGGACAUGUGA